AUGACCGACCUUCUGGGAACGCCUUCACCAGAGUCGAUCGCCAAGGUUCGAAACGAAAAGGCACGGAGAUAUCUUGGGAGCAUGCGGAAGAAGCAACCAAUGCCAUUGUCGGCGAAGUGCCCGAACGCGGACCCGCUUGCUGUAAAGCUGAUGGAGAAGAUGCUCGCAUUUGAUCCGUCACACAGGCCGACUGCCGAGGAGGCUCUUGCCGACCCUUACUUCAAGGGCCUGGCCAAGGUUGAAAGAGAACCUGCGGCUCAACCCAUCACCAAGGUGGAAUUUGAGUUUGAGAGGCGAAGACUGAACAUGGACGAUGUCAGAGAGCUCAUCUACCGCGAGAUUCUGGAGUAUCAUCCUCAGAUGCUGAAGGACUUCCUCAACGGGACGGAUCCUGGAAACUUCUUGUAUCCAAGUGCUGUGGACCAGUUCCGACGUCAGUUCCACACCCUAGAAGAGCAUUAUGGCAAGGCGGGCGACGCACCGUCGCUGGAGCGCCAGCAUGCCUCCCUCCCAAGGUACGCAUCUCAUCAUGGAUAG